AUGGACAGAAAACAUGGGAAAUAUGUUGUGAAUAUUGAACCCUCUGGAAACCAGCCGCCAUUUCUGAACCCAAGAAACCAUGAAGCUCGUAGUUCAGCAUGUUGGUUUCCAACAUCAACUGAUGCAACUGGUGAUGUUGGUGUGAAUUUAACUGGUGUCUGCACAAACACAGGGACCCUUGGACACUCAGAAUUUCCAAAUAGAGAAUUCCAACAUGGUCAGGUGACAAGAAAUUUCUUCAGGGACUGGUCUUUGUGGAAAAUCUUCCUGGCUUGCCUCUUAGCCUGUCUGAUAACAACAGCAAUUGGAGUACUCAUAGUGAGUCUGGUGUAUAGUGGGAAAAAUAAUAAGGGGACCAUUGUUAUCCAACUUCCACAAAACCAAGAGACAACCUCAUCUACAACCGGACCAACCUCAUCUACGAGUUCUACAGCAGCAGCCACCACUACCAUUUCCACCGAAACUACAACCACCACAAGAGCCAGCACUUCAACAGAACAGACUACCACCCCAACUGCCAGCUCUACCACUGAGGCUACCACCACAACACCGACCACUUCAACUGAACAGACUACCACACCAACUGCCAGCACUACCACUGCGGCUACAACCACAACAGCCACCACUUCAAUGGAACAGACUACCACACCAACUGCCAGCACUACCACUGAGGCUACUACUGCAACAGCCACCACUACCAUUUCCACCGAAACUACAACCACCACAGCAGCCAUCACUUCAACUGAACCAACUACCACAAUGACUACCAGCAGUACUACUGAGGCCACAACAACCACGACUUUAAUGGAACCUAGUACCACACCAACUUCUAGCCCUACCACAGAGGUUACAACCACAACAGCCACCACUUCUGCUCCCACAGAAUCUACAACCACAAUAGCCACUACAUCAACUGAACAGACUACAACACCAACUACCAGCCCUACCACUGAGGCUACAACCACAACAGCCACCAUUUCUACUGAGCAGACUACCAUACCAACUGUCAGCAGUACCACUGAGGCUACAACCACACCAGUUACCACUUCAACAGAACAGACUACUACACCAACUGCCAGCACUACCACUGAGGCUACUACCACAACAGCCACCACUUCAACAGAACUGACUACCACACCAACUAGCAGCACUACCACUGAGGCUGCUACAGCAACAGCCACCACUACCAUUUCCACCAAAACUACAACCACCGCAACAGCCACCACUUCAACGGAACAGACUACCACCCCAACCUUCAGCACCACCACUGAGGCUACCACCACAACACGUACCACUUCAACUGAACAGACUACCACACCAACUGCCAGCACUACCACUGAGGCUACAACCACAACAGCCACCACUUCCAUGGAACAGACUACCACACCUACUGCCAGCACUACCAUUGAGGCUACAACCACAACAGCCACCACUUCUAUGGAACAGACUACCACACCAACUACCAGCACUACCACGGAGGCUACUACUGCAACAGCCACCACUACCAUUUCCACCGAAACGACAACCACCACAACAGCUACCACUUCAAUGGAACAGACUACCACCCCAACCUCCAGCACUACCACUGAGGCUACCACCACAACACCUAGCACUUCAACUGAACAGAUUACUACACCAACUGCCAGCCCUACCACUGAGGCUACUUCCACAGCAGCCACCACUUCAACUGAACUGACUACUACACCAACUACCAGCACCACCACUGAGACUGCUACUGCAACAGCCACCACUACCAUUUCCACUGACACUACAAUCACCACAGCAGCUAUCACUUCAACUGAACCAACUACCACAAUGACUACCAGAAGUACUACUGAGGCUGCCACAACAGCCACAACUUUAAUGGAACCAAGUACCACACCAACUUCCAGCCCUACCACGGAGGUUACAACCACACCAGCCACCACUACUGCUCCCACAGAGUCUACAACCACAAUAGCCACUACAUCAACUGAACAGACUACCACGCCAGCCUCCAGCACUACCACUGAGGCUACCACCACAACAGCUACCACUUCAACUGAACAGACUACCACACCAACUGCCAGCACUGCUACUGAGGCUACAACCACAACAGUCACCACUUCAGCUGAACAGACUACUACACCAACUGCCAGCACUACUACUGAGGCUACAACCACAACAGUCACCACUUCAACUGAACAGACUACUACACCAACUUCCAGCACUACCACUGAGGCUACAACCACAACAGCCACCACUUCCAUGGAACAGAGUACCACACCUACUGCCAGCACUACCACUGAGGCUACAACCACAACAGUCACCACUUCAACUGAACAAACUACUACACCAACUGCCAGCACUACCACUGAGGCUACAACCACAACAGCCACCACUUCAAUGGAACAGACUACCACACCUACUGCCAGAACUACCACUGAGGCUACAACCACAAUAGCCACCACUUCUAUGGAACAGACUACCACACCAACUACCAGCACUACCACUGAGGCUUCUACUGCAACAGCCACCUCUACCAUUUCCACCGAAACUACAACCACCACAACACCCAGCACUUCAACAGAACAGACUACCACCUCAACCUCCAGCACUAUCACUGAGGCUACCACCACAACACCUAGCACUUCAACUGAACAGACCACCACACCAACUGCCAGCACAACCACUGAGGCUACGACCACAAUAGCCACCACUUCUACUGAACAGACUACUACACCAACUGCCAGCCCUACCACUGAGGCUAUAACCACAACAGCCAUCACUUCUAUGGAACAGACUACCACACCAACUAGCAGCACUACCACUGAGGCUACUACAGCAACAGCCACCACUACCAUUUCCACUGAAACGACAACCACUACCUUCACAACAGCUACCACUUCAACUGAACAGACUACCACACCAACUGCCAGCACUACCACUGAGGCUACAACCACAACAGCCACCACUUCUACGGAGCAGACUACCACACCAACUGCCAGCCCUACCACUGAGGCUACUUCCACAGCUACUACUGCAACAGCCACCACUACCAUUUCAACCGAAACUACAACCACCACAGCAGCUAUCACUUCAACUGAACCAACUACCACAAUGACUACCAGCAGUACUACUGAGGCUGCCACAACAACCACGACUUUAAUGGAACCAAGUACCACACCAACUUCCAGCCCUACCAUGGAGGUUACAACCACAACAGCCACCACUACUGCUCCCACAGAAUCUACAACCACAAUAGCCACUACAUCAACUGAACAGACUACCACACCAACUACCAGCACUACCACUGAGACUACCACUGCAACAGCCACCACUUCAACAGAACUGACUACCACACCAACUACCAGCACUACCACUGAGGCUACUACUGCAACAGCCACCACUACCAUUUCCACUGAAACUACAACUACCACAGCAGCCACCACUUCUACUGAGCAGACUACCAUACCAACUGUCAGCAGUACCACUGAGGCUACAACCACAACAGCCACCACUUCCACGGAACAGACUACCACACCAACUUCUGGCACUACCACUGAGGCUACCACAACAAUAGCCAGUACUUCAACUGAACAGACUACCACACAAACUACCAGUACUACCACUGAGGAUACCACCACAGCAGCCACCACUACAACAGAACUGCCUACCACACCAACUUCUGGCACUACCACUGAGGUUACCACAGCCAUAGCCAGUACUUCAACUGAACAGACUACCACACCAACUACCAGUAGUACCACUGAGGCUACCACCACAGCAGCCACCACUACAAUAGAACUGCCUACCACACUAAGUACCAGCAGUACCACUGGGGCUGCCUCCACUGCUUCCACUACUGCAGCUUCCACUGAACCUACAGACACCACAGCAUCUACCACUUCAACUGAACUGACUACCCCAAUGACUACCAGUAUUCCCACUGAGGCUACAACCAUAAUAGCUACCACUGCUGUUUCCACUGAACCUACAACCACAAUAGCCACUACAUCAACUGAGCAGACUACCACACCAACUACCAGCACUACCACUGAGACUACCACUGCAACAGCCACCACUUCAACAGAACUGACUACCACACCAACUACCAGCACUACCACUGAGGCUACCACUGCAACAGCCACCACUACCAUUUCCACUGAAACUACAACUACCACAGCAGCCACCACUUCUACUGAGCAGACUACCAUACCAACUGUCAGCAGGACCACUGAAGCUACAACCACAACAGCCACCACUUCAACGGAACAGACUACCACACCAACUUCUGGCACUACCACUGAGGCUACCACAGCCGUAGCCAGUACUUCAACUGAACAGACUACCACACCACCUACCAGUAGUACCACUGAGGCUACCACCACAGCAGCCACCACUACAACAGAACUGCCUACCACACUAAGUACCAGCAGUACCACUUGGGCUGCCUCCACUGCUUCCACUACUGCAGCUUCCACUGAACCUACAGACACCACAGCAUCUACCUUCACUGAACUGACUACCCCAAUGACUACCAGUAUUCCCACUGAGGCUACAACCACUAUACCCACCACAUCAACUGAACAGACUACCACACCAACCUUCAGGACUACCACUGAGGCUACCACCACAACAGCCAUUACAACAGCUUCUUAUGAAUCUACAACCAUCACAGUAGCCAGCACUUCAACUGAACCACCUACUACGAUGACUGCUAGCACUACCAGUGAGACUACCACCACAACAGCCAGCGCUACCAGUUCUGUGGAACCUGAAACUGCCACAGCAGCCACCAUUUUAACUGAACCCACCAGCAAAACUGUUACCCCCUUCUCUUAA